AUGACGACCCAAGGCGAGACCCCCAGCACCCACCAGUCGACGCUCGAUGGCGACGAUCUGUUUUUUGACGAUUCCAUGCGGCUCGCCACUCACCAUAUCCCCAACAUCUUACCGCACGAACGUGUAUUUCCAGUCCAACUUGGAUCAGAGUUGUUCAAGCUUUCUGGGGCGUCCAUAUCAUCGGACGCACCAUCAUACUUCUCACAGUACUUCAAGUGCCAGAUCGAACGGGCCCACGCAGCUGGCCAGGAUAUUGGAUCUGCCAUCCGCACUCUCUACAUCGAUCGAGACCCAGUAACCUUUAGAGAUAUCUCGCUCCAUCUCCAAGGGUACCAUGUGCAACCGCGUGACGCGACACAUUUCGUGCGCCUGUUCGCCGACGCCCAGUUCUAUCACCUGCCCAAGCUAGUCUCCCAGCUCUACGAAGAGUCUAUUUUCACCAGCAUCGGCAGCGUGGAGUUCCGCAUCCCACGAGACCUCUUCGCCGACCCAGGCAACUCCCCAAAUUUCUUCACUCUCGGCUUCUCCGCCUUCUUCUCGCACCCCGGGGGCGACGUCUUCCCAGGACUCGAUCGCGAAGGCUUGCUCCGCCCGCCGUCUAUCGUCCCACCCUCCGUGGAAGGUCGCAGCCCCGAAAUCUUCGCCCAGCUCAUCCACCUUCUGCGAGGCUACCCCAUCCACAUCCGCAACGAGACGCAUCGCGCCGAGCUACUACGCGAUUGCCGCUACUUCAACUUCAAGGGGUUAGAACAGAAAGUAAUCCCGUGUGCCACUUCCUUCAACCUCGCCCGGGGCCGCGAUGAGAUCGUGCUCCGACUGCGGGAUAUCCUCAAGAGCGGUAUCUCGGUCGUCUGCGAGCCCACCGCCGCCGACCCGUUCGCCGGGUGGGUGAACUAUGCCCGGCCGUACACCGACGACAAGCCUGCCGAGCUAGUGCUCGAGGUCGGCGAUGAAAGCACCCGGUUGCAGUUCGCGCCCGGGGCGACAACCACGGGAGAGGCGCGCGCUGAGUUCUUUGGAGAGAUGCGCACGCGUGUGACGAAGCUCCUGGAGCUUAUUGCCACUAAGCUCAGUUUGCCGCCUACGGCACAGCUGGGUCAGUUGACGGCUACGGGGCGGGGGCAUGCAUCGAACGCGCCGGCGCCGGGGGAUACGCCGCUGAGUGAGGACCUGGUCAAAGUGGUUCUUGAUGCCGACUCGAGUGUGACGUUGGACGGGAAGCCAUGGGCGCCGUCGUCGGCGUCGUCGGCUGGGGCGGUUGAGGAUGAGGACGACCGGUUGGCUUGGAUGACGGGGAAUGCGACGGAUUCGAGGAAACGGAGGCGGGUGGAUGAGCAGGGUGGGGACCGGGAGGAGGAGGAGGAAUGGAUUAUCAAGACGGGGCAGUGGCGGUUGAGGAUUCAGGGGCUGAGGCAUGGGAAGUCGCCGUUGGAGUGUUGUUUGGUGGCUGUUAAGUUGGAUGCGUACAGUUCGGAGCGGGCGAGGAAUGGGCGGAGGUCGUUUUUGGGGGGGUAG